GCUAUAAAAGGCAGCAAAUGAGAAGGAGAUUAUUUAGGAAAUAAUUGAUUGCGUUAGAUAUUGAUUUCCUUUAUGUUGCCCUAAAUAAGGAUACUCCUUUAUUUUUGGGUGUUUGUUUUAACUUGAAGAUUGCAUUAUUAAGUGAUACUUUUAGAAUCAGUUUCCUAUUUAAUAGGAAAUCUACCGUAUUUGAGGGUUAACUUUUAUACAAUUACCAUGAUUAUGUUGUAGAAUAUGUUAUUUACUUAAUAGUUGUAGAUUGUGGAAUAUUUUUUUAUUUCAUCAGUAAUUACGAAAAUUUCCCUAGAAAAUUAGGAAUUAGCAUACCUAGGGUUGGAUAAGAUUUUCAAUUUUUCACCUCUCUCAAUUCUCAAAAGCUUUGCCGAUGACCCGUUGUGACCUGUGAGUUCGAGCUCGAGCCUUCGACCGCCGAUUGUGCGACAGAGACCUCGGCGACGACGACUUCUCAGUUCUCUCAUCGGCGACUGACCUUAAUUGUUCAAUCUUCAACAGGUAGUAAGGUAUUCCUCCAGAGCGUUUGGGGAAAGUGGGUAUGGCAUCUUCUGAUGAUGAAGUUGAAGCAGUCCCGAGUACUGUGUCUAACUAUGAAUUUGUAGAUGAUAAGGAUGAGCCUGUUUCAUUCGCGGAGCUAAAAUUUCAGUGGAAUGAAACUGAGAGUCUGGAUGGGAAAAAAAGACAUGUUUUCUUGCGUGGGACUGCGGAUAAUGGCCUUCAGAAGAUUUAUAAGCAGGUCACAUCAUGGAAGUUUGAUUUUUCACGCAUAGAGCCGGCGAUAUCAGUUUUAUCUAAAGAGAACGGUUGGAUCAGACUUGAAAAACCGAGGAAGGUUUUCCAGGAUACCAUUAGGUCAAUCUUGAUCACCGUGCAUUCCUUGCACUUCCUGAAAAAAAAUCCUGAAUCUUCUGGCAGAGCUUUGUGGGAUCACUUAUCUAAAGUUUUCAGUGUGUAUGAGCCCAGGCCUUCGGAGAAUGAUCUAGUGGAUCACAUGAAGUUCAUCAAUGAAAUUGUUAAGCGUGAUGGAAAAUUGGCUCAAUCCAAGGUUUUACUUACAUUUUUGGAGGAGAAGCCUAAGAAGAAGAAACUAGUUGAUGAGGUUGGGUCAAUAUCCGAGUUUAUAGUCGAUGAGAUCAUAGAUGACAAUGAUGAUGAUGAUGAAGAAGAUGAUUACAAUCACUUCGAAUCUCUCUGCGCAAUAUGUGAUGAUGGUGGUGAACUUCUUUGUUGCGAUGGAAAGUGCUUGAGGUCAUUUCAUGCUACUGUGGAAGAUGGUGCUCAAUCUCAGUGUGAGUCUCUUGGAUUUACCAAGGCUCAAGUUAGGGCAAUGAAAUAUCAAGAUUUCUAUUGUAAAAAUUGUGAAUAUCAGCAGCACCAGUGCUAUGCUUGUGGGGAGUUAGGUUCUUCUGAUCAAUCAUCUCAUGCGGAGGUCUUCCGUUGCGUUAAUGCAACUUGUGGCCAUUUUUACCACCCAGAUUGUGUUGCCAAACUGCUUCAUCCUGAUGCUCAGUUGAAGGUUGAUGAACUCAGAAAGAAGAUCGCUGCUGGUGAACCUUUCGCUUGUCCUCUGCAUCAGUGCUGUGUCUGUAAACAGAGAGAAGAUAAAGAUAAACCCGAGUUACAGUUUGCUAUGUGUAGACGGUGUCCAACAUCAUACCAUCGGAAAUGCUUGCCUAAGGAAAUUGUUUUCGACAAAAGCAAGGAUGAAGAGGAAAAUGACGAGGACGAGGACGAGGACGAGGACGAGGACGAGGACGAGGACGAGGACGAGGACGAGGACGAGGACGAGGACGACGAGGACGAGGACGAGGACGAGGACGAGGACGAGGACGAGGACGAGGACGAGGACGAGGACGAGGACGAGGAGAUGCCAAGGGCAUGGGAUGGUCUUAUACCAGAUCGAAUUUUGAUUUAUUGCUUAAAACAUGAGAUUGAUGAAGAGCUUGCUACACCUUUAAGAGAUCACAUCAAAUUUCCAGGAAACCAUAGGAGGGGAAAGCAAAUAUCGGAAGAAUUGGACAAACUAAAAGGAAAAUCUGCAGAAGUGACUAAUGGCAGAGUGAUUGCUAAAAGACCAAAAACUGAUGAAAAAUUGUCCAAGGCAGAGAAAGUUGAUUUUUCCAGAAAGAGAGAGGGGAGAUUGUCUCUACCUGAUUCUUCAAAAAGACAAAAAGUAAAUGAUGCUACUAGAAAGAGUUUGAACAAGACAUCAUCUGCAAAGCUCAACAAAACUGUCAAUAGUGAAGGUAAAGCCUCUAUAGGUCUAAAGUUAUAUGCACUCAUUAGCAGGGAAUCACAAACCGUUGAGUCUAGUGAAGAGGGGAAAACCAAGAUCAUGAAGUCUGACAAAAAGGAAACAAGCAGUUCACAGACUUUAGAUGCUACAGCAAAGAGCAGAAUUUUGUCUAUUAUGAAAGACGUUAAAUCCUCCAUAACUAUGGAUAAACUGAUGAAGCAAAUAUCACCCACAACACAUGCAUACUCGUCAAAAUUUGACAAAUCUAUAACCUUGGGGAAAGUUGAAGGUUCCAUUGAGGCUAUUCGUGCGGCCUUGCAAAUAUUGGAUGGAGGGGGCAAAGUUGAAGAUGCAAAAGCUGUCUGUGAGCCUGGGCUUCUUGAUCAGAUAAUGAAGUGGAGGAGCAAGCUGAGAGUAUAUCUUGCUCCCUUUUUACACGGAAUGCGCUACACGUCCUUUGGUCGCCAUUUUACUAAAGUGGAGAAGCUGAGAGAGAUUGUCGAUAUGCUUCAUUGGUAUGUUCGAGAAGGUGAUAUGAUUGUGGAUUUCUGUUGCGGUUCCAAUGAUUUCAGCUGCCUCAUGAAAAACAAGCUGGAUGAGAUGGGGAAGGAUUGCUCAUAUAAGAAUUAUGAUUUAUUCAAACCAAAGAAUGAUUUUAAUUUUGAGAAGAGGGAUUGGAUGAAAGUAGGGCCUAAUGAAUUGCCACCAGGAUCGAAGUUGAUCAUGGGGCUGAACCCUCCUUUUGGGGUCAAUGCUGCUCUUGCUAACAAAUUUAUUGAUAAAGCACUACGGUUUAGGCCAAAGCUUCUUAUCCUCAUUGUUCCAAAAGAGACAGAAAGGUUAGAUGUAAAAAAAGGGUAUCCAUAUGAUCUAAUUUGGGAGGAUGAUGCGUUGCUUAGUGGGAAGUCAUUCUAUUUGCCUGGUUCUGUUGAUGCAAAUAACAAACAAAUGGAGGACUGGAAUGUGAGUGCACCACCACUUUAUCUUUGGAGUCGCCCUGAUUGGACAGCCGAACAUAAAGCAAUUGCUCAACAGUAUGGCCACCCGUCCAAGAUACAAGAUAAAUUAGAAGAAAGUUGCUCCCACACACCUGUCCCUCGUUCGGUGGAACAUGGUGAUGAUGUUGAGUCGACGAGGAUCGGUGAUGAUAUUGAUUUCAAGGAUAAGAAGCGACAUCAGCACCAAGAAUACAGGGAGAGAUCGCAGAAUAACAGUGGCAAAGAAGGUGAUAGCCUGGGCCAUGCGAAGAACAGAUCUGUUGAGAAGUCGAUGAAAGGGAAUCAGGAUAAAAGCAAGAACAAAUUUGAUGAGAAGUCGAUGAAAGAGAGUCAGGAUAAAAGCAAGAACAAAUUUGAUGAGAAGUCGAUGAAAGAGAGUCAGGAUAAAAGCAAAUAUCAAAAUGAUUUGGAUGAGAAGUCAAGACAGGACAAGUCCAAAGCGAAACGUCCAAGAGAUUUGGUGGAAAAAUCAACAGAGGAGAUAUCUGUUGGAAAAAGAUCUCUGUCUAGACAUUCCUCCCCCAGCGUGACCAAUCAUAAGUCAGCUGAUCAGCACGCGGUUUCAUCUUGUAAGGCAGAAGAGAAGGAACGCUAUGAACGAUUUGCUGGCCAGAGUGCUUCUGCAUUACAGACAGAGCAAGAGACAGGGUAUGGGGUGCAUCAGGACAGUGAUAUGGAAAGAAGGCACAGCUUGCUAAAGGAGGAGCCUUAUUCAAGUUUGACUCGCCAAUAUCCUCAGUCUGCUAGUCCUGGUCCCGAGUAUGUGGGGCACGGGGCACAUCCGGAUGGUGACAUGGCAAGAAGGAACAGCUUGCCGAUGCAGGAGCCUUAUUCGACUUUAAAUCACCAAUAUUCUCAGUCUGCUAGUCCUGGUCCUGAGUAUGCGUUUAGGGCCUCAGAUGAACGGUUUGUGGGUUACCAGAGAGAGCGUGCAGAUAUGCCUGGUUAUAGAUCAUACCCCAGUCACAUGAAUGGGGGGGUAUAUGCAAGGGAGUUAGAUGUACGGCCGCAGGGUAACCUUUAUGGGCAGCUGGGUAGUGAGUUUUCGAGUCCCAGAAGCAACUACACAGCGGGUGCCAGCACUGGUUAUCCCCCCUACGGGCGGUUGAGUCCAGCAACUGAACCAACCUAUGGGAGGAUUAAUACGCUUGCGAUGCCACGGUAUGCUCCACAUGAUGAGUUGUAUCCCGGUAGGAUGAAUAGCAUGGGAUCUGAAGGCAGAAGUGGCAUCUACGGCGGUGGAGUUGCUCGACCUGGGUUUCCAGGUAGCUCAUCGGGUUUUGCUCCAAGGCCUUACAACCCCUUUUCACAGCAAAACUCGUCAGGGUGGCUUAACGAGUAGGCAUUGGCUGGUUGGAGUUAUUUUUCAGCAGUGUCGAAGAUUUUCCUAUUUAUGUUCGUCAUGGUUCUCUUCCUAGUGUCUGCUUGUUCCAUCCUAUCAAACUUCUUUUUGCUUAUUUUGUAUAAAGAAAAGGCUAGAACUGCACAGGCAACUAUGCUCCUUGAAUCUUCUCUAGGGGAUUGAAACUUUUGUCGUAUAUCCUUUUGUUCCUCCACUUGACCAUCUCUCUUCUAACUGGUGUUGCCUAUGAAAGUUGGAUUUGCGAUA